CUUAAUACAGCGAGACCUUUGGUGAACAAUGUGGUGGAACAUUUUAUUUAACUUAUUACAGCAGUCUUGCAAAGAAUGCAGCCUUUUCCAAGCUGAUUGUAUUACAUUUUAAAAAAAUUAAAAAGCGCUUGAAUGUAAUCCUCCACUUUUUUCACCCCUUUCUCAUGGAUUUAGAGGUAAUAGUAUAGUUGUCAUGCCCACAUGUAAUGUGUGGAGCGAAAAAGGUUUCUUCUCAAGACAAAAAAUCAAAGCGAUUGAUUCCCACAUUCAUCCUUUCAUUCACUAUGUUGACUUUGUGUUCGGUCAGCGCUGAUAACUGAAGCGACCAUCACCAGCAGCCCUGCAGCCAUCUUGAUAGAAGACAAAAGCUCGGCCAACCUCAGCUGCGAGGCCCUUGGCUCCAUCAGCACCAUUGAGUGGAUGAAGGACAAGCGGCCGCUCCGUCCGAGUGGGAGGGUCACCUUCUCCGUGGACAACAAGACGGUGUUCCUGCAGCCAGUUCACAGCUCCCACCACGGCACCUACCAGUGUCGAGUCAGCAACCCAGUCAGCACCGUGACUGUGGCCCGAGAUCUCACUGUCAACUUUGGACCACAUAACAUAUCAAUUAUUGGACCAUCAGCAGCAGCACCUGGCCAGAGAGUCGCACUGGAGUGCACAGCAGACUCCGUCCCACCAGCAAACUUCAGCUGGAUGUUCAACGGCAACGACAUGCGUGUGAAUAACUCCGUGUACACCAUAGAGCGGUUUGAGGUAGAACGCAUGGGGAAUUACACCUGCACUGCCAGAAAUAUGGUGACUAUGCUGGAAAACUCCACAGUUCUGAACCUGAAAGCAUCCUGCAGUGCUCCCCAGUGGUCGUAUUUAUUGCUUCUCAUCAGCGCAAUAAUCAGGAGUUAGCAGGUUCCUUCUCCGACGCAUCAGGACCCUGAUCAAAAUCAAUAAAAAUGUUCUGCACAAGAAAUGUUGAUUUGACUCAAUAGAUAUUGACGUCGCAGCUUGUCAUCUGUGAGAUGAAUUGACAAAUAUCACAUGGGAAAAACAAUUAUUAUGUGAGUCUUUAUUAAACAGACUUUGGCAGAUGUAAGAGUACAAAUAAACACCUGCGCUUUCA